AUGCGUUUGUCGCUCGUUCAAUUGCUGCUCUGCUGGAGCGCAUUGGGCUGGAGUGGGACGAGUUGUGGUCAUAUUCUUGGAAUCUUCGUUCAGGUGCAUCGUUCGCAGCUGCUUGUCUAUACGGCUGUGGCUCGAGUACUGCUCCAACAUGGACAUCAGUUGACUUUGAUCACCACAUUGCCGCUGGACAGUGAGUUGGAGCUCGACGGCAAUCUCACGCAUAUACUUGUGCCCUGGAAGCAGUCAGCGGAGAAUGCGAACCUAUCCAAAGAUCUCUUCACACGACUGCAGCGCACUUAUGAGCGACUGGAGGAUGCCGAGCAGCUUCUCAACGAACCCGAAUGGCAGGCCUUUAUGGCUCAUAAUCCUACGCCUGCCUAUGAUCUCUUGCUGUUGGGCUAUCACUUUAACGAUCACUUGUUGGGCGUGGCCGCGCACUUUAACUGUCCCGUCGCCAUAAUUACAACCCAACAGCCCAUAAGCUUUGUGCACAGCUUGCUGGGCAAUCCCGAGGAGCGCUGGUAUGUGCCACAGCCCUACGAUAAAAGGCAGCGCACUGGUUGGAGGGCAUUAGCAUUCGGUGUGUGGGAGAAGGCCACGGAGCUGAUGGCGCGACGAGUUAUGCGACGCAUUUACAGCAAACACUUCUCGCCUUCACAUUAUCCCAGCUUCGACCAGAUGCGUCAGAGAGUGGUGCUGGCGCUCAACAAUCAUCACAUGAUCAGUGAAGGUCCCAUUGCGCCGCUGCUGCCCAACAUGCUGGACAUUGGUGGCAUAUGCAUGGAGCAAGGCUUGAAAGCUAUAGAUACGGAUAUCGGGUACACUCGUCCCUUUAUCUACUUCAGCCUGGGCACACGUUUCAGCUGGCAUACAGUCCCAUCUGAUUUUGUGGCCAUCUUCGUGGAGGCCUUUGCCCAGCUGCCUGACUAUGACAUCUACUGGACCUACGAUGGCAGCAACGAUAGCGUCAGUAGCAUAAGUGGAACUCAUUCGAACAUAAAGCUAUCGCAGUGGUGGGGCCAACAACAGCUGCUCGCAAGUGGACAGAUUCAGCUUUUCAUCACACACGGCGGCAAGGGAAGUCUAACUGAGGCGCUCUAUUAUGGUGUUCCCAUGCUGGGACUACCUUUCUUAGGCGACCAGCACACAAAUUUGAGGCGCAUGAGCCGCAAGGGCUGGGGUCUUUAUCGGAACCCAAGAAAUUUAAGCUCCGCAUCACUGUUAACUGCGUUGCGUGAGCUGCUGAUGGUUUCUCAAUACAGGGAAAAUAUCAGAAGUAGUUCUCGGCUGUAUCGUGAUCGUCCUUUGAAUGCAAGCGCCCUGACAGCUUACUGGUUGGAGUAUGUCAUGCGACAUGACGGGGCUACACAUCUGCAUAAUCCAGGGAGGAUGUUGAAUUGGUGGCAGUACUACUUGCUAGAUGUUUAUGCCACAAUUUAUGGCUGCUUGCUGGCGGUAAUAAUAAUACUUCGGCAUCUCGACGGGCGAACGUAA